GAAGCUUUUUUUUUUAAUGCUCAACUGUAAAAUGUAAGCCCUAAUCUUCAUGUAAAUUCGUAUCCUUCGUUGUUUAAACGAAUUUUUUUCUUUAGCAAAUUUGCCAGAUCUUGGUGAACAGUGGAAUCAAAAAUUAACAGAGGCGAUCGAGAGAAGGCCUUUGUGCAGAGAUCGUUCGGAUCGAGCAACUGCUCAACAGAUGAUCAGGGUGGUGAGGAUUUAUUUUCCAAACAAUUCAUUUUCCACGUUGUAUGAUUAUGACGUUACAAAUAGUUUGAUGAUAUUUUUGAGUGAAAGAAGAAUAGAUCGUCUUCAGAAAAUUUACAGAGUAUCUUUUGCUGCGACAACACUGUUACUUAUGACAUGGUCUCUUCUUAAUGCCAGAUAUUUGUAGUU